UUGCUGAUGGGCUGAGCCCUUCCUAAAGAUCCUGUCGGGCUGCCUUAGACACUUGGGGCCAGGGAUUCCUGCCAACCAGGGCUACUUUGGGUGGGCUGGGGGCGGCCCCAGGGCAGGUGUCAGUGUGUGCAAGGGCCCUUUGUGACACGCUGCAGCAUGGUCACUGUGGCAUGGAAUGGAGGAGUGUGUCCUUUGUGACACGUGGUGACAUAGGAGCUGGCAGUGACAAGAACACUCCACAGCGCUCAGAGCAGGCGACGGGACAGGACGGGGCAGAGCGGUGCUGUGAGGAGCCCCCGCACAGCGCACUCGUUCCUGCCUGACCCGGAGCUUUUCUGAGGUGUUGUUCCUGAAGCUGACCUCGAAGCCAGACUGUGGGACUUGCUGACCUGAGUCAUUUACCAGGAAUCUCCUGUCAUUGUGGCAGGAGCUCCCAAGACUAGAGUGCAGGACUUGCUGUCCUGCAGCUAUCCUGAGACCUCUCUGUCUCAGAAAUCUUCAAGGCACAACUGAAAUUGCUGACUUGGCAAUAUCCUGAGGCAUCUCUCUAGAAGGUGCCUUCAAGGCUGGAAGGUGGAAUGGCAGGCAGAUUUUUCAGCCUGUUCAAAUGCUUCCGGGGGAAAAAUAAGAAAGGCCCUGGAGCUGCUGCAGGAGAGCAACUUGAAGAGCCAGAGCAGAUCCAGACACUGCAGGAGGAUGUUCCGAAAAUUCCCGCGCAUUCGGCGUAGAGAGACCAACACCACAGCAGCUGAGGGCCCAGCUGAGCCUGACUCGGGGCUGACCCAGCUCCAGGCAGAGCCUGAUGUCAGCCCAGACUUGGCUGGGCUCUCACAAGACUUGGACACCUCAGGGACUGAAACGUGAGCACAGGAUCUUCCCACAUCAGGGACUGAGGAUGCAGUCAUAACAAACACUGACAAUGAAGAGACUGAGGCCUUGAAAAAUACUGGAGCCAUGCCCACUCCCCCUGAGAUUUGUGCUUCCACUGUGGAUUUUUUCCUGGAGAGUGCUGUUCCUUAUCAGCAGCAGGUGCCAGCCAUGGUGAAGAACAUCCACCAGAGUCUCAUGUCCCACGUCACUGUGGAUGCCAGGCUGCACAGCGACAUUGUGAGGCUGGCUGAGGAACACCCUGCAGACGUGGCGCUGACCCUCCUGCACUGUGCCCCAACGUGUGACAGAGCUGCUGCAAUGAUGUGGAGAGCCAUAGGCACAUCAGGACCAGCAAUGGAGAAGGUGCUGGCAACACUGCUCUGUGUGAUGGAGCAUUGGCCUGUGCACAGCACAUGCACCUCCGAUGGGGACAACAAGGACGUUUUUGCCCUGGCUGCAACUCUGGUGAUCUGGGUCAUUGUGCCUAAAUGCCAGGAGGCCAUGAUCCUUCAUUCCUCCCGCCUGUUUGUGGCUCUGCUCUUCCAUGUUGUCAUCACCACCCAGCAGAUGCCACCAGAGGAAGUUGAAAACUUCUGGAGAGCGUGCCAGGAGGAACACCGCCUUCCCAGCAAGCCCAACAGGUUUGCAGUGCAGGCCAUGAAGGCUCUGCUCUGCCGACUGGAGUGUGACCAGGAGGUGAUGGAUAUGGAGCGUAAGUGUGGCUGGGACACGCUGCUGUGUGCUCACACCCAGCACUAUGCUGUGGGUCUGCUGGCCAGAGAGAUGCGCCGUGUCUCCCUCUCCUUGUGUUCUGGGAUUGCUCUCCGUCUGCUUGGGCUGCUCAGCAGGGAGGAGCCACGCUGGGAUCUGCCCGGCCUAGCGUUCCUUGUGGAGGUCCUCGAGUGCCUGGACUUGAGGGAAUGUGCUGACAGCAUCCUGGAGAUCAUGUCAAGGCACCUGAGGAAUGAGUGCAGGGAGAGGCGUCGCCUGGCACUCAGAGGCCUCGUGGUGCUCAGCAAGGAUCCCUCGAUGGCCAGGAGAAUGGGCACUCUGUCUCCAAGCCUUCUGGAGCUGCUGGGUGAUGCAGACGGAGAGCUGGUCGGCAUGACGCUCUCUGUGUUCACUAAUUUGCUCAAGAGCAGAGACAUGCUGGUAUCCAGCACCACUGCCCCGAAGCUGGCUGAGGCUCUCCUGCUGCUCUUCGACCACGACAACAGCCACGUGCAGUUGCUUUCCCUUGACCUCUUCUUCAAGGUGAUGGAUUUGGUAGCAGAGGAGGGAAAAAAGCCUCUUAAGUCAGUGGUGUGCCAGAGCCUUCCUGCACUCUUCUUCCACUGCCAUGAUGAGAAUCAGCGUGUGGCAGAGGCCUCUCAGGAAACGCUGCAUUGUGCGGCCGGGUUCCUGCAGAGGAGGGAUCUCAAAGAGCUGGUGGAGGCAGAGAAGCUGUUGGCCUUUGCCGAGGUCUUGCUGGCAGAGGACACGAGCCGAGCGGCCGAGCAGCUGCGCCGGGCCCUGCGCUACCUGGAGAGCCCCCAGGAGCCCCUGCGAGAGGCGGCCAUCAGGUUCAUGGGGAUGGCCGGGCGGCACCUGAGGGGGCAGCCAAGAGAGCUCCUGAUGAUCUGCAGUGCCCUUGAACACCUGACCGAGGAUAUGAGCAGUGCCGUGUCAGAGGUGGCACUUCAAACACUGCAUGUCCUCCGGGCAAUUCAGCGUGGGCACUAUUCCAUCUUCCAGAGGCUGCAAGAUCAGCUGCGCAGGGCAUGGAAGAGUCGGCCUCGUCUGUCAGGGCUCGGCUGGCUGCAUUGCCGGAGCUCUGAGGAGAACUGAUGGGCAAGGCACACUUGGUGGGGGCAAUCCU